AUGAGUAAAUUGUCAAUUUAGGUUGAUUUCUAAUUUAUUAAAUUGGGCAUUCUCACUAAACUUAAAGAAUUAGCAUAUCCAUAUUAUGAAGUUACAAAUGAGUAUAGAAACUAUCAAUUUAAAAUUUAGCAUAAUAAGUUCAAAGAUGUACAAUAUUAAUAAUAAAUUAUUAGUUCAUCAAUAAUGAACUAAAAGCAAUUAAACAAUUAUUAGAUUAAGAGAAUCCUUUACAAAAUGAAGUUUCUAUUUGUGGAUAUGGAUUAUAAGAUCAAGAAGAGUUUACUUACUAUUCUGAUAUUUUUGAAAAAGAAUUGGAUUUAAAGCUAAUUAAAUAAAGGAGUGUUCAUAAUUCAAUUAAAGCAAUUGACUAUUUAAUAAAAAAUAAAGAGGGAGCAUUUUAUAAAUUUACUAACUUAAUAAAUUUAAAAGAAAUUCAUUUAUUAAAAUAAGGUUAUGAGAUUGAGAAAGUUUUAUGUCCUUGUCCAAACUAUCCAUACCUUUAUUUAAAUGUGAAUAAAAGUGUAUCUUUUUAUAAAGUGCAAGCAGUAAAUUAAUUUGUUAAGCUGAAUGGUUCUCUAAUUACAGAUACUACGAUUGAGAAAAUAUUUUAAUUAAUUGGUUUAGAUGGAGAUAUAAAUGAAUAAUUAAUGUUAGCAUUCAAAGAAGGUAAUAAUUUGAAUGCAGAUAUGACAGUAGAAGAUAUUUAUGGUAAGAGUUACACAUCAUUGGGUUUAUCAAAAGACAUUAUAGCUGCAUCAAUGGGUAAAUUACAAACUAAAGAACCCUCAGAAGUUAAUGUACUUGAUGUUGUAAAAAGUUUAUGGUUCAUGUUUGCUAUAAAUUUGGGUUAAUUAGCUGCUUUAAAUGCUUAAUUAGAAGAUUUAACAACAAUUAUAGUAGGUUCAAGUAAAAUAACAUUUGAACCAUUUUUAUUAUCACUUUAAUCAGUGUUAACAUUUUUUGGAGCUGGGAAAUUAAAUAUAAUAUAUAUAGAAAAUAUGGAAUUUUUGACUUGUUUGAGUCUAUGA